AUGACUUCUAUGCAGUAUACACUAGCAAGUCCAAUUGAGUUUUUAUCUCGGCUCCUUGAUAGAAAAAUCAAUGAAUCUGUAGGGGUUACAGAGGAGACUGUAGAUGAUAUUCAAAGAAGAUAUUUGUUCAUGGAAUUUAUCAGCUCUGAGACUGAAUACUUAGAAAUGCUUAAGUUGUUUGAACAAACCUAUUUGGCGAAGCUUAACAGGUCGGACCAUUUAGCCUGGCAAAUGACUUACAGAAUAGUACAGAACCUUGUCAGCGGUCAUGAUAAGCUCUUGCGCAAGGUUUUCGAGUGGCUUGAGUUACCAAUAUCUGUGGAUGACAAUAAAGCAGAGAUCAAUUGGGAAUUACAUGUGUCUCAAAUUGGUGACAAAUUCCAAUCACUAGAAUCGUUAUCGGGGUUCAUUCAAGUUUACGUCCAAAAGCUAUUAGAAUUGGAACCACACUAUAAGGACUAUGUUUACCAUUAUUCUCUUUGCAACACCUUCAAGAAACAUGGUAUCUUCAAUGCCAAAUUGGUGAAGCAGCUAUCCCAAAUGGAGCCAAUGUUGAAGAAAUUUCAACAACAACGUCUCAAUUCACAAUCAACGGAUUUAUUCAGAAGAAAUAUAUCAUUUGAAUCUUUAAGACAUCUCCCUGUUGCUAGAUUGGGUCAUUAUAAGGUGUUUUUUGACUCCUUCUUAAAAUCUACUGAAGCAUUUCCUUCUCAAACAAGUGGCAGAAACUCAGCAAGCACAAACCAAAGCCGUUCUGACGUGCAAAGUGUGGUUGCUCAGAUUAGCCCAAGACCUACUGCAUCAUUCAGCGACGAUUAUUCUUUCACAGAUAAUUUGGAGGUAUUUAAAGUCUGCAUAAUGUCAGUACAACAUAUGCUUUUGAGGAUAGAUGGUGUCAAUUUCUCCAACAUAGUUGACAAACAAACACAAAGAAUAUCGACAAAACUUAAAUUCAAGUAUCCCGAAGAGUAUGUCCCAGUGUCUGCAUUAGGAAUUCCACAUUUAACGGGAAUAUUGAAUACUGUUUGGGUUGAGGUAAGUGAAAGUCAGAAAGUAUGGACUAAUACUGUUAGAUCCAUUGAUUCAUGGAGGAGAAAGAAAACCCUGUAUCCAUAUUUUGUACCAAAGGGUAAGCAACUUGGGGCCUUUUUAUACAAGUCAUAUUUGAUAUUAGCAAGAAUCCCUAUGGUCUCUGUGAACGACCUUCAAAACCAACCCGUUGAUACUCAGUGGUCGAUCAAAUUUGCCUUACCUUUAACGAAUUGUAAAAUAAUUCCAAUUGACAAGGAACAAAACAAAUAUAAUGAAAUUGGGUUACAGGACGAUCUAGAACCAAAUAUCAAGCUGUUUAAAUUAGAAUGGUUUUUGUAUGGCGAUGUGUUUGAGACCAUUUUUGUGUUUGACAAUUACUAUGAUUAUAACCAAUGGUUCCAACAUUUGCAGACGAUAAUAGAUUUAAAUGGAUUCACUUCUAAACCAAUGGAAGCAGAAUCUGUGGAAAACUAUUAUCAAAUGGGGAACUCAGCAUAUGCACCAUUAAGAAUUGCUCCAAAGUUGACUUUCGCGGAUGCUGUCUCUAAAACAGCGAACCAAAAUCUUACCAGAAGACAGUACAGUCUUAUAAAUCAUCAGGUACAUGAUUAUUAUUAUUACACGAGCUUUAAGUUGAAUAUUUCAUUUAAUGCAAUGAAAUGUGGCCCCACGAAUGACAAAAGUGGUAUUGUGUUUUCAAGGGACAAGUACUCAUUUUUAGAAAGACAAUUGCUAAUGAUACAACACCCGUACGCUCUUGGCCCACUCGAAAGUAGAUAUUCGAAUCCGAUCACAGACUUUCAAACCGAGUCUAAUUUACGCUCAGAUUCUAAUAUAGGCUCUCUUUUAGCAACUAAUAUGUCCCUAGCACCAUCCCAUACGCCUUCACUUAGAUCUUUCACAACUCUUAGGUCAAAAUGCUCUGAUUUCAAAGCGCUCUUUAAAAAAUGA